AUGUCUACGAUCAGCCUGCAUCAAACUUCGCGCCAUGCAAUCCUCGUUAUUCAUACCUCUAAUAUUGAUCCACUCUCUGUAAGCGCAACAGUUGAGCACAAGGAAAAGGAACAGAUCUCACUCAAAUACUGCUCACAGGCUCAAGUAUCGCACACAUGGACCAUUCAACCUGUACUUCAUAUCCCGGGCACUACUAUAACAACAGCAACAGCAACAACAACGAGGCUUAUUCAGGACUGCACACACUCAGUAUCAGCAGAGAACUUGGUUAUAAAGAUCAUCAAGACACAACAGCCUAUUGAAUGGCAGGGUCUAUUGCUCAAACGAGAGUAUAAAGCAUAUUCUUCUCAUAAUUCAUCAUUCCACGAGAAGGACCAAGAUUCCACAGAUACAACAGCCCUCUUCAGAUUUGCUACCUCUAGCAACACGGAAUGCUAUCAAAACAAACUUCGUUCGACUCAGCUAUGGGAUUCGUUACGUGAGCAAGGGCAACUUGGGGUGGUAGGAAAUAUUCAGGCAAAGAAAGUACCUGGGACUAAUUCUAUCCGAAUGAGCGCCGAUCUUGUUCCAUCAAAGCAAUCCUUGGCUUAA